AUGGCGCCGCGAAAGAACACGCAAUCCACGGCGGCGGAGCUGUCGCUGGUCCAACUGCAGAAGUGCUUUGUCAACCUGCCGUCGUCGCUGGUGAACGUGUUGAUGAACAUUGACACGCCGAUUCAAAAUGUCAUCAUCGAGCUCAGCUACCGCGCGCCCGCGCCGCCACGCGCCGACGGCUCUGGCCCGUCUCCCACGACGCAACAGCGGUCUAUCUUUGUCGGAUGGACGGGCAUGCCCAGCCGGCGAAAGAUGGCACCACUGCUAGGCCGCGACGGCCUCGCUAGCACACGGGCAGGCGCUGCCGGUCGCGAGCAGGAGAUCGCCGUCGUCGAGCUGGACGCGACCUUUGCCAACACUCUCGGCAUGCGCGACGGCCAAAAGGUCACGGCCACCAUCCAUUUGGAGCCGCGACUGGCACACACGAUCCACAUUGAGCCCCUGACGCCCGACGACUGGGAGAUGGUCGAGCUGCACGCCACCUUUCUCGAGAUCAAUCUCAUGAACCAGAUUCGCGCUCUGCCCAACCCAGCCGCCACCACGGCCGCCAACACCAACCACCCCCUGACUCUCCACCUUUCGCCGACCUCGACCGCUAACGUCAAGGUCCUCUCGCUCGAGCCGCCGCUGCCUCCUGACGUGCUGUUUGCCAAAGUCGCCCCCGAUGCCGAGGUCAUCGUCGCCCCCAAGACUCGACCCAAGCCGUCCCGGAGCGGCCGCGAGAACCGCAGCGUCACCAGCACGUCCAAGCGCAGUGGCACCAGCACAGCCCGUGGCCGCAGCGCCCGUGAGGAGCGCAAGCCCGCCCUCUUUCUGCGCGCUGUCGACCAACCAGCAACACGCAUCGUCGUUCAGCUUUGGCCCUGGGACGACCCGCCCAACGGACAGACGGCGGCGCUAUCACCAGCGCUGUGCUCGGCGCUGGGCUGCCAGGGUAUCGUGGGCGGCAUCGUGAAGAUCGAACCGGCGAUGGCACCCCUAGCAACCAAGCUGGUGCACAAGGUCAAGAUCUUCCCGUUCGGCGAUAUCAGCUUGAAGCAGACCACAGCGCUUAAGAUCGGUGGAGAGGCACAGCUCGAGAAGGAGGAGACGAUGCAGCGGAUCAAGUCCCUGUACGGCGGCAAGGCGGCCCAUGGUGUCAUGCAGGGCCCUCUGACUGACGGCCUGGUGCUUGGACUGCCAGCAGCAGGAGCGACAGCAGCGACAGCAGAUUGGACCGGAGGCAUCGUAAAGCUGGGGACCGAGGCGGCCCAGGGCACCCACGAGCCGUCGACCCGGUGGAUUCUCGGGUCGGCAGUGGCCAACGCGGCGUUUGAGAUGCAGGCGCCAAUACCGAAGCCGUCGUGGGUGCAGGAGGCCGAGUCGGAGGCAGCAGCGGCAGCCGUGGCCGAGUCGGGAUCCGAUCUGAAGCUGCAGCCGCUGGUAGGUAUCGACGCGAUCCUGGCGGACCUGCGCGAUCAUCUCUCGCACGGUUCGUCUGUGCUCCUAACCGGCUCACUGGGAUCAGGAAAGUCGUCGGUGGCACAGCACGUGGGGUCGGCGCUGAAGAAGAGCGAGUUCUUCCACGUGACGUAUGUUCCGUGCCGGAAGCUGGUCAACGAGGAGAGCCGAAUCGCGGCGAUUAAGGAGAGCCUCGGACGGGUGUUUAUGGGGGCCAGCUGGGGCGCGCGGUUGGGCGGCAAGGCGGUAGUGGUCCUGGACGACCUGGACCGACUGUGUCCGGCCGAGACAGAGCUAGUGGUGCAGAGCGAGGAGGGACGCAGCCGGCAGCUCAGCGAGGGCGUGUGCGGGCUGGUGCGCCAGUACUGCGGCCGUGACGGCGGGGUGGUGGUGCUGGCGACGGCGCAGGGCAAGGACAGCCUGCACAACGUCGUGGUGGGUGGCCAUGUGGUGCGGGAGAUUGUCGAGCUCAAGGCGCCCGACAAGGAGGCGCGCCGGAAGAUGAUGGAGCAGUUUGCGCGGCAGAACGCGGUGGAGGCCAAGACCGACGACAACGAUGAUGGUGGCGACAACGACAACGACGACGACAACAACAGCAGUCGACCGGUGACGGCAGACGGCCGGCCAGACGGCAGCGAAGACGGCUGGAUGAUGGAGGGAGGCGGUGGAGGGGGUUCCCGACGCAAGAACAAGAAAGGGAACCAGAGAGGAAGAAGCAGCAGAGACAGAGAGAGCAAAGGCACGUUUGUGCUGCAGGAAGACCUGGACUUUCUCGAUGUGGCCGGUGAGACAGACGGGUUUAUGCCGGGUGACCUGCAGCAGCUGGUGGCACGGGCAAAGAACGAGGCGCUGGUGCGGACGAUCCGAGAGGCAGUGGCCAGUGGUGGUGGUGGUGGCGGUGGCAGCGGCAGAUUCGAGGAUGACUCGGACGCAGACGCAGAGCUGAUGGUGCCGUUGGGCCGAAUCGACUUUGUCCGAGGCCGGAAGGGAUUCACACCGACAUCACUGCGUAACGUGGCGCUGCAGCAGGCGAGGACGACAUUUGCAUCGAUCGGCGGGCUCGGCGAGACGCGACGUGUGCUGCUGGAGACGCUGGCCUAUCCGACACGAUACGCCCCCAUCUUUGCACAAUGUCCGCUGCGGCUGCGCUCCGGACUGCUGCUGUACGGCUUUCCCGGCUGCGGCAAGACGUUGCUGGCCGGUGCCGUUGCUGGCGAGUGCGGGCUCAACUUUAUCAGCGUCAAGGGCCCCGAGAUCCUCAACAAGUACAUUGGCGCGUCCGAGAAGAGCGUGCGCGACCUGUUUGCCCGCGCCCAGGCAGCUCGACCGUGUGUCUUGUUCUUUGAUGAGUUUGACGCCAUCGCCCCGAAGCGUGGUCACGAUUCGACCGGCGUGACUGACCGCGUCGUCAACCAGCUGCUGACCCAGAUGGAUGGUGCCGAGGGCCUCUCGGGCGUCUAUGUCCUGGCUGCCACUUCGCGUCCGGACCUCAUCGACCCAGCCCUGUUGCGGCCCGGCCGUCUGGACAAGUCGCUGCUCUGCGACAUGCCCGAUCGCGAUGACCGUGUCGACAUUGUGCGCGCCCUCGUGCGCAAGGCCCGCGUCGACGACGACGUCCUGACCAACAACAGCCCCACCACCGAUGCCCAUUGGGCCGACAUCGCCCGCCGCACCGACGGCUUCUCCGGUGCCGACCUGCAGGCCCUCGUGUCCAACGCCCAGCUCGAGGCCAUCCACGACGCGCUCGAGGACGACGGGGCUGCCGCGACGACAGCUGCUGCAGCCGGAUCAAAGCGCGGCAAGAAGGCCACCCGAGACGGUCCCGGCAGCUUUGUCACUUUCCGGUAUGGCGACGAGGGCGAUGAGGCCAACGGCGGCGGUUCUGCCAAGCAAAAGGCCGUCCCGCGCUCGUCUGCGCUGGCCGAACGUGCCGCCAUUGCCGCCAAGCUCGAGAGCAUCAAGCGGACGCAGCGACGCGAGCGGUCGACCAAGAGACUGGGUGCUGGCGGCCGUCCGACCACAGCCAACACGAUCACCAACGGCAACGUCAACGGCGACGGCGACGGCGACUCCAAGGAUGCUGAAGUCGUCAUCGGCUGGAAACACCUGCUGCGCGCCCUCGAGGCCACGCGGCCCAGCAUCAGCGCCGAGGAGCGUCGCCGGCUUGAGCGCAUCUACCGCGAGUUCGUCGUCGGUCGCAGCGGCGAGAUGCGUGACGGCCAGGGCAGCAUGGCCAUUGAUAUCACUGCCGGCACGCAGAUGCAAACGUCCGUCAGUGCCAAUAGGAAUGGCCGGCACCUCACUGCCACAUGCAAGGCCGCUCACAUCGACGGCGUGGACGGCAUACGAAGCUGCCUCGUCGACGGGCAGCUUGCGCGCCCGAACGCUGGAUUGUGGUACGGCUGGAUCGCGCACUCCCCCAUCCUCGCUGCCAAACGUAAUGAAAAGCUCCAGUUCGUUCGUAGCGUAGCGACGAGCCCCAGUUGGCCGGCUGCCUGUAGAGUGGAAGACGACGUCGUAGGGCGUAUCAUUGUGCCCUUCCUGGCCAUGCCCAACCGCAAUUUGCUGAACAGUGGCGUCGCUAUCACUACCACUAUCGGCCUUGUCCUGGCUUCCUGA